UUGAUCAUGUCUCUUUCAUCAUCAAUGAAUGAAUUUCCCAAAACUGCAAUUUUCAAUUAUUUCCAUCUCAUCAUAUAAAUAUCACAGGAAAUAAGAAAAGAAAAAGAGCAAUAACACAUAUCCCCAAAUAUCCACCGAAUAUCCUUCCAAAAAAUAACAAUAUCCCCAACAGAAAAACAUUUACAUUCCUCGUCUCGAAAAAAUCAAUCCUCGAUCCUCGAUAUCGCGGAUCGAGGAGGUAUAAAAUCUUCCCUCGGCUUCAUCCUUCACGCUCGAACGUUUACACGCUGCGCGCGUCGGUGUAGGCGUCGCGACGCCUCGCGCCGACGUGCUUCUCUCGCCCCUGCCCCCUCCUCCCCGCCCGUGUUUCGCCCGUUGAAUCCAGCACGUGGCAUCAAAGGGAAGAUAUACGGCGGGGUGGCCGCCUGUUCCCGGCCAAACGGCGACGACCCUCGCUCGUCGUCGCUCGUUCUCGCGCGCGCGAUUUCGAGAAUCCGCUCGGCUCGUGCGGCGGAGGAGUCGAUCGCAACGACGUUCAGGUUUCCGCGCCAGAACGGGAACCAGAACACGGCUGGGUACCGGGAAACGGCAGCAAUUUUGUUCAACGAUCGCGCCGUUUCCAACUUCCGUCGCGAUCGUCCACUUCCGCGGAUGAAUUCGUCGCGCUGCGGCUCGUGAACGUGCGUGGAAGAAAAGGAACGCUACUUUUUUUUCUUUUUUUUUUUUUUUUGGUGCACGAGAAUGUUUGGGGAGAAGUGAAGAAAAUUCAGGGCGAGGAAGAUCGGUGGUUUGAUCGGUUGGUGAUCCUUCGGACUUGGAGCUGCGUCGCUAUGGGACCAUCCUUGGAUGUUUCAGAUGCACCCCCCAUCACGAUACCGUGUAUCGCGGCGAAUCAAAGGUACGACACUUGAGCAACGACGGUCGAAUUCCAUCCACCGGGGGCAAUCAUCUUCGAAGAGGAUCGAAUCACGCGGGAUCCAAGAGGAAUGGUCCCUUGGGCCUUUGGCGUGCCUCUCGUCCUCGUUUCUGCUCUGGGUCUUUUCCUAAACGGUUACGUACUCCUCGUGGUUCUCGGGCUGGGUAAACAGACGCAGCAGCAACAAACCGCCAAUACUUUGUUGUUGAUACACUUGGGCGCGGUGGAGGCGGCUGUGUGCCUCAUAUUACUGAUCUUUACCACUGGUUCCUGGCCAAUCGCCGGCACCUGGUGCGUCCUACACGGUUUCCUUUUGGCUCUCUUACAUCCGGUCGCCCUCUGGACUGUGACUGGAUUGAAUUGCGACAGAUAUUACGCGAUCGCGGCACCCCUGCAUUACGCCGCAUUGGUAUCACCACGACGCGUUGCAGUUGGCCUAGCUGCAUCUUGGACAGGGGCAUUACUCUUGUGCGUGCUGCCCUUCUGGGGCCUGGUACCACCUUACAGAUACAGCCCGGGCCUCGGUUGCUGCGCGCCGGACUUCGGCAACGAUUCGUGGGGCUUGGCUGCCGCUCUCUACGGUGCCGUUUACGCGAUCCUGGGCCUGGCUCUGCCCGCGGUCCUCGUAACCGUGUGCAAUUUGCGCGUGCUCGGGAUCGCCCGUUACCACAGGCACCGGAUCGCCAGCGCGAUUUACGAAGUGACGUUGAGCGCGCAGGCGACCAUCACCCAUCAACGGAACCCGUUUUUCGUACCCACUGUCACGGCACCUUCGGUCGUCAGCCCGCCCCGAUUUCACAGCGCAGCCAAAACGGUGAUGCAACUAGUUGGCUCUCUUUACUUGCUUUAUUUCCCCUAUUGCGGACUGAUUCUUUGGGAAGUUUGCGACGUUGGCAAUCGGCAGUAUCUCUACAAUCAUACGAAACUCGCUUCGUUGGCUUCCCUCCUGCUCGCCUGCUCUCCGCCCAUCAACGGUCUCCUCUACGGAUUAAAAUCGCAGACCCUUAGACGAUCGGUGCAGAAUUAUUGGCGGAAGAAGGCGACCAAAUCGGAGCUGCAACAAGAGAUCCAAGCGCGAACACCGAGCGCGGCAGGAUCGAGGAGACCGUCCGGAAGCGGAACCGGCUCUUUCUUCCCUUUCCCGCCGUUGCAGCGGAGGCUCAGCGAGGCGCUGCUCGCGCUGGGAUCCUGCAGAACGGGAAACAGCUUCGACAGCAAUAAUCUCGGCUUUCAUCGAACCAGAUUGCAACCCGCCGCUUCGUGUAAUACGCUUCGAGUCCCAACUUCCGAAUCAGGUGAAAGCAGUAAAUUAGUGAGGUCCAGCGCUAGUGCGGCGAGCCUGAUGGGCCCACAUUACAGAAGCGACUUCAUUGGCGCGGAUGUGGGCGCUGGUUGCUCUAUAGCGAUGAACGAGACACCGAGGAGAAGCCCUAGAAUACUUAUAACGAGAGCGUGCAGCGAGGAUAGCCAAGAUGGUGGAAGUCCAAUGCUGAGGAAACCUUUUCUGGUCAAUGCUCUUCCCUGUGAUAAACGAAGAUGGCGGCAUUGCAGUACCGGAAGCGACAGCAGCACGGGCAGCAGCGAGGCCAGUGUAUGGACGACUGGAGUCGCGCAGAAACUCGCCAAGGCCAAUGCUAAGAGUUCAUCGGACAUGUGGUCUGCAUCGAGAAGACUCGUUCGUGGAAAAAAUUUAGAGGAGGGGGCCCUUCUUGUUGGCGCCAGACCCAGCAAUAACAGUGAGAGCAGCGAUACCACGGACACGACGGCCACCACAACCACCACGACGAUGCCCAGCAAAUUGACCACCGUGGAAAACGGAGGCUGUCGGGAGAAAGAGAAGGAAAAGAUGAACGGGAAGAAAGAGAGGGAGCAUAGCGAAAGCGACAACAGUUGGAGCAGUGUCGACGAGAUCGAGUCGAAGGAAAUGGCGGACAAGAGCAUGGAAGAGGAUAAUUUCGAGACGAUCGAGGAGGAAACAGAGGCAGAAAAGUGCAACCAAUUUGCAAGGAGGAAAUCGAAAACGAUUCGAAAACCGGACGUUCCUCAGGAUUGCAAGGAGACCGCUCAAAGAAGGCCCCUUCUCACCUCAUCAUCUUAAGUUUCCAUCGAACUUGUCGUUUCUAAUUUAUUAUCAUUUUUUUUUUCCUCCUCCCGCAUAAUUUGUAUAUCGUAUCCGAUAUACCGAUUUCUCAACGUGUUCGAAAUCCUUUCGAGACCGCUUGGUGAUCUUCCAAGUUUGGAUCGAAAGGAUUCUGUUAUUCUUUUAAGGAUUCAAUACCGAUUUUGAGAUUGGCCCGUGAACAAUGGUUCCAUAAUAAUUAUGGAGAAGAAGUUGUUUCUGUAUGCUCGAUAUUCAGCCGCAAUGUAUCGACAUAUCCUGAAAUUAUAUUUUUAUACUUCCAACGAAAGAGCAACGUUAACGAGAGAAAAUUCGCGGUCUUCUUACGGUAAUCGCAAGAAAAACCGAUUUAAUAACACCGCACAUAAAUCUCAAAUGAAAAAUUCGAUCCCUUUUAUGGAAAGAGAAGAAAGUUGGCUAUAUAUAAUAUAUAUAUAUAUAUAUAAAAGUUACGGAGAUUUAAAGGAGUAUUGCCAUCGUGUUAAUGUUAAGAGAUGAUGGCCAAUAAUUUCUCUCAUCGAAUUUGAUGAUGUUCCUAAUUAGUGGGUUUGGUAAAAGACAGAAAUUUGACAGAGCAAAUAUUAAAUAUUGAGGAAAAUUAAUUUACCGUUUACAGCGCAUAAUUUGAUCGAAUAAAUAAAUAAGCGUGUGAAAUUGACGUUCAUUUCGCAGUUUAAUAUGGGUAAAAUGGGUAAUAUUUCGAUAUCAUUUUUUUACGAUAUAAUUUUCUUUCUUUCCUUUUUUCUCUUUAUUUCAAGAGAAGUGAAAGUGGUUAAUAGAAAAAAAUAUUUAGAGAGUAAAAUAUUAGGUAAUUUUUGGAAAACUUUAGAAGAAUCAUCCCUGAGGAUGGUUACGAGGGAACGAGGAACGAGAAAAAUUUGCAUUGGAUUGGAACUGUACAUGGGAAUGAGGAAGUUGGGAAGAGAGGGACUCAUCGAAAAAAUUUAAUCAUUGAUGCGUAGAUCAGUUAAUGUGGGCGGUCGUUGAUGCGAGUCUAUUGAUAGCGAACGAUAAGCUACGCGAUGAUAUACUAUACACGAGAAGAAGAGAUACACGUUAUCAAAGAGUGGCGAGACGAACACUUUUUACCUAGCAAAUUUGUACAAUCAAUGGCCAACCACUGUGUUUGCACCGACACGGUGGAUUUAUUUGCAAUUAGGUGUAGCAAACAAUCACCUAAAGAGUUAAAUGAUAUUAAUGUUGGUGGUUAUUGGAAUUGAUGUUUCGAAUUUUGUAGACGAUGGACGAAUUUAACGUAUGUAUAUAUGCGCGCGCUUAUGUGCGUGUGUAUGCGUGUGUGUAUGUGUGUAUGUGCGUGCGCGAAUGCGUGAACGUAAAUCAAGUUCAAAAUGUUCUUAUUUUUAAGAAUCGUUGAAACUGGAGAAGAAAAUUAUUUAUUGUUUUUUAAGGAGUAGGCGAGUGUUGUACACGAGAACAAAAUUUUAGAGAGAGAGAAAAAAUAAUGAAAUGUUGUUCGAUUUAAACGAUUAAUUUGUAACAUAUCCGUGAAAUUUCUUUCAGAAUCGACAUUCCUUUUUUUAUGAUGUUUCCUAUUGAGAUACAAGAUAUUUCCCUAUUAUUCUCGGAAAGAAAUAUAUUACGAUGUUACAAAGAGUGAGAUCGAUUCUGCGAAAAUUUUGAUGCACUGUCAUGUUGCAAGUUUGCGUAAUAAGCCAGAGUAUGUGUUUACUUGCUUUUGGAUUCGUCAAUUAGAAAAUAACGAGGCGAUAUCGCCGUUCGUCGAAUUUCUUGUUCACAAAUGUAUUUCAUCAUUCCGGCGAGAAAAAUUUUUGUCAGGUACCGCGUGUUGAAAUUAAUGUUAAUGGUAUUAAAAUAUCGCGAUCUAAAUGAUGUUUGAGUGUACGUCGUUAGUGCAAAUAAAAUGGAAAAAUAUUCUGAAGAAAAAAAAAA